AAAAAAGAAAGAAAAAGUAAGGGGUAAAAAAAAAAAGUUGCAUAAAGGCUUCCUUUUAUAUAUAAGUGCUGGCUUUUUCUGACACAAAUUAAAGUUUUGGAUAUAUAGCAGCUCCUCCGAUCCUUUUUUGAAGUGAUCAGAGCCAGGAUUUGAUUUCACAAAUCAAGGGACUCACUCGCUCUUUCCUUCUUUCUCUCUCUGAAAUGGGUUUGAGGGAAAAUAAGAAUUUAUACCGUCACAAUAAUAAUAACAACCCAAGUUUCAUUGAGUGGCUCAAACCAUCUUCAUCUCUAACUAGUUCACUAUUUUUAUCAUCACAAACUCCACCUCCCUGUGUCACUGAUGAACACCGAGAAACUAUAGAGUUUUUUCCCAUUUUAAAGAAGAAGGAAGAAGAAGAAGACGAAGAAGGUAUUGAGGUGAAAGAAGAGAAGGUGGAACAACAACAACAGUUGAUGACUGUGGCUUUGCACAUUGGAUUACCAACAAACAACACAGUAGGAGUUGUUGCUGCUGAUGAUGAUGAGAAAAAGAAGGUUUUGCAUGUUAAGGAGGAGGAAGAAAAAGAAAAAGAAAAAGAAGAAGAAGAAGAAGAAGAAGAAAAGUUAUUGGAGAGAAGAUUAUUGGAGAAUUGGUGGUUAAAGCAGGAAGAGAAUAAGAGGUUUUGGAUACCAAGUCCUUCACAAAUCCUUGUUGGACCUAUGCAGUUUGCUUGCUCCAUUUGCAGCAAAACUUUCAACAGAUAUAACAAUAUGCAGAUGCAUAUGUGGGGGCAUGGUUCGGAAUUCAGGAAAGGGCCAGACUCACUGAGAGGAACACAACCUGCGGCAAUGCUAAGGCUACCAUGUUAUUGUUGUGCACAAGGUUGCAAGAACAACAUCAACCAUCCAAGGGCAAAGCCAUUGAAGGAUUUCAGAACUCUGCAAACACACUACAAGAGAAAGCAUGGCACCAAGCCCUUCAUGUGUAGAAAAUGUGGCAAAACAUUUGCUGUUAAAGGUGAUUGGAGGACUCAUGAGAAGAACUGUGGUAAGCUUUGGUAUUGCACUUGUGGUUCCGAUUUCAAGCAUAAGAGGUCCCUUAAGGAUCACAUUAGAUCCUUUGGUAAGGGUCACUCUCCUCAUCCUUCUCUUGAAGGUUUUGAGGAUGAGAAGGAAUGCAUUACCACUGGCUCUGAUGAAGAUGAACCUAAGUAGUUCAAUUAAAUUCCUCCUAUUUAAAUAUAUAUAUAUACACCAUCUAAUAACUAACAUUAUAUAUUCCCAUGCAUAAUUAAGUUAUAUAUAUAUAUGUCAUGGUUUUAAAUUAUGGUUGCAGUUGUAAUGCUUGGAAAUAAUGUUGAUACAAAAAGUAUUACAACAAUGAUAGAUGUAACUUCAAUUUAAAACCAUGAUUUCUGCACUAGCUUGUGCUCAGUAACAAAAAAUUCUCAGCAAUAUUGAUGCUUGUGGGGCAUGAAAAUAUAGGGAGCGGUUUGCUACCGAGCACUUAGCUUAAUUGCAGCUUUAUUAAUUUUAUAUAUAGAGAGAGAUAUGCAUGGAUGAUGAUUGAUGAGUUAGUUUGCUUAUUUGAUUGUUGAUUAAUGAAUAAGAAGGUUAUCUCAAGUGAUGAAGCAUAUGAAUUUUCUUCGAAUAUCAGAAUUAAUUAGCAUGUAUGUGUGCCUGUAUUUGAACGAAGGAAAUUUAAAUGCUUCAUUACUGAACUACUAUGUAAUCCUCGGAUAUUAUUGUUAAGAACUUAAUUAAAGUGUUUGAAAUCUUUCUCA